GCGCAAGUUGUGUCAGUAGUGAACCUGCUUCCUUACUUAGUACCAUUGGGUUCAGUUGCGCUCUAGACACCGAGGUAGGACGUUGUUGUGCUCCUGUGCUUUCUGAGUUUUAAAACGAGAAGAUGAAACCCGUGAACAUCCUGGUGACGCUGCUGCUGGUGACAGCAGUCAACACUGCGCCAAACAACUGCCGAGGGAGGAGGUGUCGAACCCAGGGAAGAGUCAACAGCACCACCACCACACCUGCUACCACAACUACCAACGUCGACACCACCACUAUCGCCGACACCACUACCAUCAACGCCACCACUGCAGCCUCAAGCCGCAAGAGACCCUCACUGUGGCGUCCAAAGUCCCGUACUGCUGCCACUGGAGCUACUACCCAGGCAGUGGCGGAGACAGUGACGGAGGCAGCUAAAGAGUUGACGAAGGAGGUUACGGAGGCAGCAGCGAGGGAGGAGCUGACAACAGAAGAGAUACGACGUGUUGGUGUCAACGGGUGGCUGGCUGCACCAACAGCAGCACCAACAAAGGCCCGCAUCACACCCCAGAGGAAGACAGACAGGCCAGGACUGUGUGAAACACCCAAGGCGUUCGGGAUCAUGUGCAUGAGUCGUAAAGAUCAAUGUAAACAUGACAUUCAGUGUCCAGACUCCUGCAAGUGUUGCCUUGUGGGAGAGUGUGGCCGUCUCUGUGUCAAGCCCAAGCCUACUUCCGAUGACUCAAAGGAGCCGAUAAAGAGUGGCAACUCUAAGAAGAGCAAAGAGGAGAAGGAGGAGAAAGUGGGUACAAAAGAAGAGGUCGUAGAACAAGGAAGCAAGACUCAGCCACGCGAGGCAGUCCAGACAACAUCAGAAGCAACCAGCAAAACCCCGAAGGAUGUGGAUAAGGUGAACACGGAGGAAGACAAGAAGAAAGGAUCGGAUAAAGGGACUCCAACAGAAACAACGGGUGCUGUCAACAAAGACUCAACCGUUUAAUAUAUUUUUUAAACAAAAUUGAAUACAUUAGCAAUGUGCUGCUACCAUAUUUUACAUGAUAGAAAGAGGAAACAAAAGCAUAUCUGUUUCCCUGUUAUAUUCCAUCACACAGGAUGUAUUCACACAUAGUGUUGAAAUCUGUCAGCUUGAGCUAGGAAACUUCACUAGGGCACUGAGGAUAUUUUCAAGUAUUUCCAAUAAGGGUUCAUCAGCUACGGGAGCUUCAGAGGUUCCGUUCCAACACAGGUGGAGUUGCUGUUACCUGUUAAUUGCCAUCUCUCACGAUGGUCUAUCCAACACACACGAGAAAUGAUCUUUUAUGACAUCUCCAUCACAUAAGGGAUAACUAUAUAUAUAUAUAUAUAUAUAU